AUGGGUUUUAAAAGAUCUUCAUCCACCCCAACCAGACCUGCUACACCAAUGAUCGACGAACCAAUCUCUAAAUAUCAACAACCAUUAAUACCUGGACCCUUAACAUCGCCGAUCAUUUUACCAUUUAAAAUCGGUUCAACAAUUGUAAAUAGUAAGGAUGGCUUGGAGUAUCAAUUGAUUCGGCCACUUGGCAACGGUUCAUACGCUGUUGUUUAUAUGGUUCGCGAAAAAUCUACAAAUAAAUUUUACGCUUUAAAAUGUUUAUCUAAAGCUGAACUAAACGAUGAUCAUUUGGAAGUUCAACGCAAUGAGGUGCUUCUUCACGAAAAACUUUCACAUCCUAAUAUAGUGAAAUUGGAACAUUAUUUUGAAACAUCGGAAUGGCUCUUUCUAGUGCUCGAGUAUUGUGAAGGCCAAGAUUUAUAUUAUUGGUUGACUCAAAAUAACGAUGCCAUAGAUACAAGAACUGGUAAACGUUUAUCAGAACACGAAAGAAUAAAUCUCGUAGAGCAUGUCUUUAUGCAAAUCUUGGAAGCUGUAGGCUAUUGUCAUAGUAAAGGUAUUGCUCAUCGUGAUCUCAAACCUGAAAAUUUUAUUGUCAUGGUUAAUAAGGACAAUAAAAAAAAUAAGAAUAAAAGCGGUCAUAGUGAUAAUAACGGAUAUGGAUUUGAAAUACAAAUAAAAUUGACCGAUUUUGGUUUGGCUACUGAUGAAGUUGAAUCAAUUGAUUUUGAUUGUGGCUCUAAACCUUACAUGAGUUAUGAAUGUCGUAAUCCCAUAGAUGAAACAUAUAAUACACGACUCGCAGAUAUUUGGUCAUUAGGUAUAAUUUUUCUUAACUUGGUCUAUCAUCGUUCACCAUGGAGUGAUCCAAAUCCGGACCAAUGCAAAUCAUUUGCCACAUUUCGAACCGACAAGGUUGGAUUUUUGAUGCGAAAAUUUCCGAGAAUACCAAAAAAAGUUGCAUACUUUUUGGCAAAUUAUGUAUUCAAUAGUCCUGAAAAAGGUCGGAUUGAAAUUGAUCAAUGGAAACUUUGGUGUGAAGAUUUAAAUGAAAAAAUGAAUACGGCUAUUGACAGUACUAAAGACGAAUCCUAUAAACCAUCGAGUCUUAAUAGCAGUAGUCGCAGCAGCAACAAGGAGGACAAUAACAAAUAUAAUAUUGAUUAUGACGAUAAUUAUGAUGGUGACGAUGAUCAUGUCGCACGCCAUGAUUCUUGGUCAGAUAUUUUAGGGGCAUUUGAAAUUAAUAAUGAUAAUGAUUAUUCACCAACUGAACAGCAACCAAUUAUUAUCACUAAUGCUAACGCCAAACCACCGUCAUUGACUAUUGUUGUUAAUGAUAAUGAAAAUCUAGAUUAUGAUGAUUCAAUUGCUGCUAAUAACAGUGACGCUGAUUCUGGAUUUGGUACAGAUGAAGAUACCAAUAACUGUAAUGAUUAUCAUCAACGUGAUGACGCAUCACCGUCAUCACCAACAACUACAACAUUUAAUGAUCAUUGGUCUUCAUCUAAUCAACGUCGUGAACGUGUUGAAAAACGUCGUAAAGAAAAACAGGAACAACAACUUUCUGUAUGGGGUGCUAAUAGACGUCGCGGAUCUUUGACCAAUAAUAAUAAUUUUAGUAAUGAAUCAACGUCACCUUCACCAUGGGAUUCAUUUAAUAAUCGUUAUAAUCAAUCAAAAAAUGUAAUUAGUAAGAGAUCUGCGCCUUCUUUACAUCAUUCACCUCGUAAAACAAAAAGUUCACAAUCAAUUAAAAAUUCUCAUCGGACUUCAUUUCCGACCACAACAACUGCUUAUUAUCAUCCAUAUCAAUCAAAUGAAACAACUACAACAACUACUAAACCAUCAUCAACUGAUCCAGUUGUUUUAAGUACACCAAAGGACAUUAUUAGCAACAAUAAUAAGAACGAUGUUAAAAAUAGUUCUUUCGCUUCUUCCAGAGUAACCUUUUCAAUUACAACAGCUUCCAAAGCAGAGUCUACAAUAACUUCUUCUCGUGACAAUAACGAUAAUAAUAAAAGAACAGGAACUCGUUCACCACCACCGUCAAAAUAUUUUGAAAAAACUCCAAAGAAAAAAGUUGCUAAAUCUACAAAAACCAAUUUGAGUAAAAUGUUAACUGGCGUGGUAAUGUUUAAUCGUGGUGUUAAAGUUGGUGGACAGUCAAAUAAUGAAUUUUGA